GCAUCUCUAGUUGACGGGCUACAGUGUUCGCCUAUGGACAAACCGGGUCUGGAAAGACAUACACCCUUGGUGGGGGACAUGUAGCAUCUCUGCCGGAGGAGGAGAGUGGCAUCAUUGGUCGGGUUGCAGCAGAUCUGUUUGUGCUCUUGGGGGAGAGGAGAGCUGCGGAUGCCAGGGCUGCGGUAGACGUUAGGGUGUCCUACAUGGAACUGUACCAGGAGGAGCUCAGGGACCUGCUGGAGGUCCAGACUGGCAACAAGGAGCUGCAUGUCAGAGAGAUGGUACACUGUGGUAGUUGUGGCAAGAGAAACUGUGAGUACCUCCGGUGGGGAGUUGCUGAGCGUCCUGGAGGCUGGCAAUGCCCUGAGGCACACUGGCCCCACUCAGAAGAACGAGCUCUCCAGCCGCUCACAUGCUAUCGUUACCCUACAGCUGACACAGGAUGACCACGACAAUGGCUCCCUCCGCUCCUCUAAACUCCACCUGGUGGAUCUGUCUGGGUCAGAGCGGGCUGCACGCACCGGGAACACAGGCCUGCUGGUGUUGGGCAACGUCAUUCUCGCACUCUCCAACACGCACUCCAAUCGCCGGCACAACCACGUGCCGUACCCCGACGCCAAGAUCACGCGUAUCCUCCGGGACUCACUGGGCGGCUCUGCUCACACACUGAUAGUGGCCUGCGUCAGCCCUUCCCACCACAGUUUCGCAGAGACGCUGAGUGUGCUUCAGUUUGCCUCACAGCCAUGCUACGUGAAGAACCAGCCUGGGUUGUGUCCUGCCAGGGCAUGUUCGGGCUGGCAGCCUGGAGAGGCUCGUGUGGGGGAGCUGGAGCAGGAGGUCCAGACUCUGGGAGAGGCACUGAGAGAGAAGGAUAAGACAAGGAGAGGGAUUGCUUUGAGUGACAGCACCAAACAGGCCACUCAGGAGGAGCGUGAUGACAGGGGGGCGGCUCUAGUGGAGGGAGUCCCAGUACCGCUGCCUUGCACAGGACGCUGCCUUCCUAUUGGAGGAGCUCCAGAACUCCACCCGAAGUCCUGCUCUGCAGCGGCGUUUGCAGGAAUGGCUGGAGAGGCACAGGGAUAUACUCUGGCUAUAGACAAGCAGGUGUUUGACCUGAGGGAAUCUGAGCUGGAGCAGAAGGAGCAGCUGGUGGAACAGCAGCUGUUGAUAGAUCGUCUCUGUGGUGACCUCCUGACCUUCAGGAUGGGAUCCUUUAGACCCUCGCUGGACACUGGGGCUUCUGGGAAGUCAGCGAGGAGACCUCCGUGUUCCCAUGAUCAGCUAAGGCCAUGGUUGUACGAGAUCCAUACUAGUCCUCCGGCCUGUUCGUUGGAGAGGGUGAUGGCUGCCUUUAAGACCCGCAGUCAGCUGCUGCUGGCUCAGAUAGAGAGAGAUGAGGUCCACUGCCCUCAAAAAACACUGAAGGAAAGGAGCGAAGAUGAGGAAGAGGAGUGGGGAGAAAGGGAUUCAGGGUGCAAGGAGCGCAGAGAGAGGCGGAGUCAGACGGUGAACCUGCUGCGCCUAAAGAAGGCGGAGACACAGAGCAGGUCUGAGAGACGUAUGUGGCUAGAACACGAGGAGCGUGCUCUGGAGAGGAGGAGGGGCCUGCAGGAGCUGGAGGAGGCUGAGGUGCAGAGAAGAGAAGAGGUGCUGCGGCACCGAGAGGCCUGUGUUCAGGAGAGGAACCAGCUGCAGAUCAAGAAGCUUCGCUCCAGCCAGGCUCUGAGUCAGGACUUGCUGCGCGUGUCGGCCCAUCUGGGAGAUCUGGAUCAGGAGCUUGAGGAGAGAGGAGGGGUAGAGAGGCGACUGUCCCUCUCUGCAGCAGGGCUGUGUGGAGUGUCAGUUGCUGAAGGAGAGAGAGGGAUCCUGCAUCAGAAGAGGGACACGCAGCUGAGGGACGGCAGGGUGCUCACGCCAGAGGAGGAGCAUGCUCUGCUGCAGUCGGAGGAGGUCUUGGAGGCUCUGGAUGCUGCAGUAGAGUUGAAGAACUAUUCCAUCCAGGAGAGACAGAGAUCGGGACACGGAGAUGACCACAAUGACGUCAUGAGGGCGCCGAGAGAGCUGUCACUUCCAGAGGCCUCGGCACUGUUGGUCAAAUACUUCAACAAGGUGCUGUGUCUGCGGGAGUCGGAGCGGCGGCUGCAGUUGCAGAGUGGCGAGCAGGAGGCGGUGACCAGGGAGAUGGAGGCAGCUCUACAGCGCCUCACUCUGGACACAGACUGCCGGCUCACUGAGCAGCAUCAAGAGCACCAGCACGACAUACAGAUACCAAUGCAGCAGCUCCAAGAGGGUGGCUCAGGGGACAGUGGACAAGUGUUCCAUGUUAGGCUGCAGCAGCUGGAGAGAGACCUAUAAGAGCUCCAGCCGUAAGCUGAAGAGGAAGCUCUGAGAGCUAGUCACCGACUCCCCCCGCCCCUAGGCUCCAGACCUGCAGACCCAGGGCAGGAAGGCGGCCAGCGACGGAGCAUUGGACAGCCCCAGCCCGCAGAUUCCCAGAGUGGAGCUGGCCCCGGUCCGUCUGUCCUGUAGAGAGCCGAGGCAGAUCUCACCCUCUGCCUUCUGCAGCACUAGGAGGCACUCUACCCUGAGGGCCAGCAGAGGCUCAUUCCAGGAGGACUCCAUCGAAGUGCCCCGGAACACUGACCAUGAGGCUCCAGCACAUACUGACCACUUUUUUCCUUCGUCCACACUAAUCUAGAAGAACAGGUUAGUUGAAACUAAGGGCUCUUUUCAAUCAGAUCCGCUUUAGCCGACAUCCACAUAGUGGUUGUUUUGGCAGAGGUGUCUAAAAGUGGCUCACGACAGUAUACCUAAAGCUGGACAUUGACAUUAGCUGCACGGCGUCACAUGAAGUCAUCCCAUUCAGCCACGUUGAAACAGUGUAAUGUGAGAUGUAAUCUACACCUCCAUUAGGAUGAUAGAAAUCCUCAUUAUUUAGUUGAAUGAUUUUUCAAUUUGAGUGUAAUUACAAUGUAUAUACAAAAGUAUGUGGACACCCCUUAGAAUUAGUGGAUUCGGCUAAUUCAGCCAUACGUCCGUUACUGACAGGUCUAUUCAAUCGACCACACUGGCAUGCAAUCUCCAUAGACAAAUAUUGGCAGUAGAAUGGCCUUACUGAAGAGCUCAGUAACUUUCAACUUGGCACAGUCAUAGUAUGCCACCUUUCCAACAAGUCAGUUGGUCAAAUUUCUGCCCUGAUAGAGCUCCCAUGGUUACCUGCAAGUGCUGUUAUUGUGAAGUGGAAACGUUUAUGAGCAACAACGAUUCACCCGUGAAGUGGUAGGCCACACAAACUCACAGAACGGGACCGCCGAAUGCUAAAGCACAUAGCGUGUAAAAAUCAUCUGUCCUCGGUUGCAACACUCCCUACCGGUUACAAACUGCCUCAGGAAGCAACUUCAGCACAAGAACUGUUCGUCGGGAGCUUCAUGAAAUGGGUUUCCAUGGCUGAGCAGCUGCGCACAAGCCUGAAGUCACUAUGCCAAGCGUCGGCUGGAGUAGUGUAAAGCUUGCCCCCAUUGGACUCUGGAGCAAUGUAAACAAGUUCUCUGGAGUGACGAAUCCCACUUCACCAUUUGGCAGUCCGACGGACGAAUCUGAGUUUGGCGGAUGCCAGGAGAACGGUACCUACCCCAAUGCAUAGUGCCAACUGUAAAGUUUGGUGGAGGAGGAAUAAUAGUGUUGGAGAAUAUUAA